AACAGACACACACCACCACCACUCUCUUCUCUACUACACUCCCCCUAGAGCUCAUGAGAGAGAGGUCCAGGCAGCUGAGCUGAGAGAGAGUACGUGAGCCCACACGAGAAUAUUUGAAGCGCGGGGUUCGUGGUGUGUGCGUGUGCGUCUCUCUCUGUCUCACUCUCUGUGUGAGUGCGAGACAGUGAGACACUGCAGCCUUUCUCCUCUCCCCUUCUUCUUCCUCCUCUUCUAGCUAUGGCUUUCUUGGUGGAGAGGUGCGGGGAGAUGGUGGUGUCGAUGGAGAUGGGGCCGCACGGCGGCGGCGGCGCGGCGGCGGGGAAGCCGGUGCCGGCGCCGUUCCUGACGAAGACGUACCAGCUGGUGGACGACCCCUGCACCGACCACAUCGUGUCGUGGGGCGAGGACGACACCACCUUCGUCGUGUGGCGGCCGCCGGAGUUCGCCCGCGACCUCCUCCCCAACUACUUCAAGCACAACAACUUCUCCAGCUUCGUCAGGCAGCUCAACACCUAUGGUUUCAGGAAGAUAGUAGCUGACAGGUGGGAGUUCGCCAACGAGUUCUUCAGGAAGGGAGCCAAGCACCUCCUCGCCGAGAUUCACCGGCGGAAGUCGUCGCAGCCGCCGCCGCCGCCGAUGCCGCACCAACCCUACCACCACCACCACCACCUCAAUCCCUUCUCGCUGCCGCCGCCGCCGCCGGCGUACCACCACCACCAUCUAAUCCAAGAAGAGCCCGCCACGACGGCGCACUGUACUGUCGCCGGAGACGGCGGCGAAGGCGGGGACUUCCUGGCGGCGCUGUCGGAGGACAACCGGCAGCUGCGGCGGCGCAACUCGCUGCUGCUGUCGGAGCUGGCGCACAUGAAGAAGCUCUACAACGACAUCAUCUACUUCCUCCAGAACCACGUCGCGCCGGUCACCACCACCACCACCACCCCCUCGUCGACGGCCAUGGCGGCGGCGCAACACCACCUUCCAGCCGCCGCCUCCUGCAGGCUGAUGGAGCUCGACUCCCCCGAUCACUCGCCGCCGCCGCCGCCGCCCAAGACUCCAGCAACCGACGGCGGCGACACGGUGAAGCUGUUCGGCGUGUCGCUGCACGGCAGGAAGAAGCGGGCGCACCGGGACGACGACGACGGCGUCCAUGACCAGGGAAGCGAGGUGUGAGCGAGCUUUGCAGCCGCCAUGCUUGCUCGAUCUCGUGUACAUAUAGAGAAGAGAGGAUGAUGAUGAGCUAGCUCGAUCGAUCAGCUCAGCUCAUGCUGCUGCUUGAUUUCUUGAGGAGGAUGACGACGACGACGACGAUUGAUUUGCGCAAGGGUGCAGGUGUUAAUUAGUUUGUUAAUUAGUCUUUGAGAUGAGAUGACAAGAGUUGAUUAGCGUUAAGGUAGGAGUAGCUAGCUAGGAGGUAAUUAGGAUCAAUCAAAUCAAUUAGUAGCUAGCUGCUACUGCUAGUGCUUAAUUGCACUUAGGUAGCUCUUGUUUUGUUCUUGCUUAUUUUGAUCUUGCCAUGCAUCAUGCAUGCCAUGCAUCAUGUGAGAGAGUACUGAUCACCUUUCAUGCUGGUGAAGAGUGAUGAUCAGAUGAGGAACUAGCUUAAUUAGCUAGCUAAGUGGAUGUUAAAUGGUACUAAUGAAGUCCAAGGCAUCUAAGUUUUUGCACCUUAA